AUGAAACAAAAGAAUUCCACUCUAUUAACUCCCCAGGACAAGAUCGGAAGCGGCGAUUCAAAGAUACUAUACGGUCUGCUCGAGCCCGAAGCUGCCGAAGUAGCAUUCCAGGAUUUGUUCACCGAGGUCCACUGGCAGCGUAUGUAUCAUGCUGCUGGCGAAGUGCCACGACUCGUAUGCUGCCAAGGCGACAUCGAUGAUGCGGACGGCAGCAUGCCUGUAUACCGACAUCCCUCGGACCAAUCGCUUCCUCUCCUCCGUUGGAGUCCGGUCGUCGCGAAGAUCAAACACAAAGCCGAAGAAAGAGUUGGACACAAGCUGAAUCACGCUUUGAUACAGCUGUACCGAAGCGGACAAGAUCACAUCUCUGAGCAUUCGGACAAGACAUUGGACAUUGUGCAUGGCAGCAACAUUGUCAAUGUCUCACUAGGUGCGCAGCGGAUCAUGAGGCUCCGCACCAAACGUCCCACAGCCGUCCAUGAUGCAGCGUCGUCGAGUCCUGACAAGCAAAAGAGAUCUGGCGAUGCGCAGACACGAGCGGAAGAUGACCGCUCUCGCGUCACACAACGCAUCCCCAUGCCUCACAACAGCAUGUUCGUCAUGGGUCUGGAAACGAACGCUUCUUGGCUACAUGGAAUCAUGCCGGACAAGCGUCCAAGUGCAGAGCACAUCCCCGCCGAGUCUGCGUACGGCAACAUGCGCAUCUCCAUAACUUUCCGACACAUCGGCACCUUUCUGUCGGCCGACUCGAAAUUCAUCUGGGGGCAAGGUGCUGUCGCAAAGGACAAGAUGGAGGCGAUGCCGACCGUCAAUGGCAAACCUGAAGAGAGCCAGCGACUCAUCAAUGCGUUUGGGAUUGAGAACCAGGUAACAGCACCUCGGUGGGAAAGCAUCUAUGGAACAGGCUUCGACGUCUUGCACCUCAAAUCCGAGCUGCCUGAACGCGAAAAGCCCAUGCUGUUUCUGUCUGGUGACGAAGCUACCGACACUGCUGUCACGGCUCGUCUUUCCGAGCUGGGUGUCGAUGCUGAUGUUAUCGUACCGCCAACUGAGCAGUUGACCAACAGCCUCAUAGAUGCGAACGGUAAUUCCCUGGUUGUUACAUCAGCACAUCAACGUGUCAUCUGCUUUAGGCAAGCGGGAGGCAUGCAUACUGAGGUGCAAGGCAAAAUUGCCAUCUUGAGGCUGUUGGAUGGUAAAAAGUCGCAUGAUUAG